AUGCUUAACAUUUUCAGGAAAUUCAAAGCUUGUAUUUCAAAGUGCAUUACAUGUGAUACAAAAACAGAAAUAACAAACAAUGCUGAUUGUGAAUACUAUCAUAAUGAUAACAGAUUUAAAUAAGGAGACACUAAAUUUAUGCAACAUUAAAGUAUUGGUUAUAUAGUUAUUGGUGUUGUUAAGGAUGAUAAACAGACUUAUUGUAAUUUUAUCAUAACAUAAUCAAGAGGAUUAUGUUAUAAUGGUACAUUAGUACAAGAACAGAUUAGCACAUUAACUGGUAUUUCAUGUUUUGAUUAUAAUUGAAAUGCAUCAUCAAAAUUAAAUGGCACCUAUUGUUAUGCUGCUAAUACUUGUUCUUCAGAUAUUAUUCUAGCUGUUGUUGCUGCUGCUGAUAAACUCGUAUGGUGUAGAGGAAUGUUUGAGAAUACAGUAACUUCUAAAUCAUCUAUUUAUAAUAUUAAUGUAAGCACUACUAACUGUUCAAUAAUUCACAUAUGUGAAAAGGUUAUUCAUCAACAAAUGCAAUUAAGAAUUAAAGUGUGAAAUGUGUUAAAUAAAACUGCUGGUGGAAGAUGUAUUACUACUAAAAGAGUAUGUAGUAUUUAUUCUUUGGCGGGAAUCCCUGCUACUGCUUAUUGUUCAUCUUUAAGAUAUAUAAAUACAGUUGUUUUAACUUGAUGUAAAUACUUUGUAGCAACUUCCAGUUAAUUGUAUGAGUAGAAUAUUUGCAGAUAUUUCAUAUCCUCCUUUCUAAGAUCAUGUGAUAAAAUUUUUAAAAAUAAAAUAUUUUGUCUUAGUAUAAUCUCAAUUUUAUUCACAAAAUAAAAUAGUUAUUAAAUGAAUUAACAGAAAUAAUAUAUUUAUUAAUAUAUUUCUCACUUAAAUGAUGACAUUAAAGGACACUGCUUAAAUUUGAAAAGUCAAGUUUCAAAAUCUUAUUUUUGUCUUUAAUAUUGACCUGAUGAAACAUACUAAUUGUGAACAAGACUUGAAAGGAUUCGGUUAGAUUUAAAAUCUAAUCUUAUAAUUAAAUAAGAGAAAUCUUGAAAAUUAAAUAACUUAAUUGAAGAAAUCUUUUGCAUCAUUUAGAAAUAAAUUUGAAGAAUAUUCACAGAUAAUAAGUAGCAUGAAGAAAUAAUUAAUUAACGUAUCUGAAUGUUUAAUUUAAUAAGAAUAUCAGUUCAAUUAAAUUGUUAUUUCUAAAAAACAAAUAUUUUUAAGGACUUAAUUAGAUGCAUUUAACAUUACUUUUUAUUUAUAAUUAAUAUGGUUCAGCAGUUGA